GAUUCUUUCGCUUUCUCUUCGGACGUCCCACUUCUGACCCGCAUGACGACCCCUGAUAAAGAACACGGUAUUCGGAUGCCUGCCGCGGUCUGGUGGGGCCUUCUUGGAGCGGAAGACGGUACCAGUGCACGAACCUUGUUGGCUAAGAUGGUAUUUACAUGCCUGCCGAGGUCUGGCGGGGCCUCCCGGGAACGACAGCUUCAUCCACAAUGCUGGCUGCAAUUCUUUCGUGAGCAUCAUUUUCAUUCGCAAGAGUGGUGUUAUUUCGCUGGCGGAGGAACACAUGAUCGUCUAUGUGACGCGCAUCCUGCAAUGGGGGUGCCAAACCACCGUGAGCUAACAUACCCUCCCGCAUGCGUCGAUUCUCAUUUUUUUGUCCCUGUGCCCCUCAAGUCCGUUCGGCAGUUCGCCACGCACCGCUCCGCAUAUUGCUGCCAUGCAGCGCAUUUUGCCGUACCGCAUGCCAGGCCAGGCCACCGUACCACAUCAUGUCACGUCGCACUCCCUGACAUCCGCCGACUUUUGUUGUUGUUGUUGUUGUUGUUGUUGUUGUUGUUGUUGCUGCUGCUGCUGCUGUUGUUGUUGUUGUUGUUGUUGUUGUUGUUGUUGUUGUUGUGCUUUUUUCUCCAAUCCGCGGCCACACAGGUCCCGACCUCUUCCCCAGCUCACAGCUCAAUGUUUCGUCCUGGGUCCCCUUUUGAUGGCCCUGGAGCCCCAAAACGGCCCCCACAGGGCCGAACUCGAGGAGAGGCGCCGUGAUAUUCGUUGGAGAUCUGGGCUGGGCCUCGCCAGGCUGCCGUGUUCACCGAUGCCCCCCGUCACGCCAUCCCGAGGCAAACUGCAGCUCCCCUGAACAUAACAUUCCUCGAGGUUGGUCUGCCGCGCCUCUCGCGUACUGCCUGGGCACGUGUCGAUGUGGAGCCGCCAUGUUUUCAGUGUGGGUGACUUGCACGGAGACUAUGAGGCGUUGUCCAGCAUCCUGCAGCGUUUGGGGCUGACCACUGCGACGGGGAGGUGGAGCGGAGGUACUGCCACGCUGGUGCAGACAGGCGACGUUGUCGACCGAGGGCCGAGCUCGCAGAAGCUGCUUCGCGCGUUCUCCCAGCUCCAGGAGGAGGCAGCGCUUGCCGGCGGACGCGUCGUACUGUUGUACGGCAACCACGAGGUGAUGGAGAUGCAGGGAGACACGUCUUAUGUCAAUGCCGAUGAGCUGUCUGGUGCAGGGGGCUUGGAAGUGUGGUCCCGCUUAUGGUCUCCUGCCGGCGACAUGGGCAGGCUCGUGCGGGGUCGUCUGCAGGCAGUCGCGGUGGUUGGUGGCGUCCUUUUUUCCCACGCAGGCGUGCUGCCUCAGCUUGCGGCGCCCUUUAGCGGCCAGGGGUCUGAUGCAGCGUCUUCCCUGAAUGCGCUGGUCCAGCGUGUUCUUGAGGGGAGCAAGGAAGAGCUUGGAAGCAUCGGUCAUGUGGAUGCCGUGGUCGAGAAGGCGUACAUGACAUGGCACGAGGCAUCGGUAGCUAACGGCGUCAAUCACACGUCUUUCCUGGCCGUGAAUCCUGGUCUGGUUUUUGGUGAGCAUGGUCCCUUCUGGUGCCAUUUCUUUGGGACAGAUGGAAACGAAACCAAGGUUUGCGAGUGGCUGAACCGAACGUUGGCGGCCUUCGGGGCCAGCCGCAUGGUUGUCGGACACAUGCCCCAGGCAGCAGGGCGCGUGCGGCCUCGCUGCAGUGGGCGCCUGCUGCUUGCGGACACGGACAUUUCCGAGGCGAUGCAGGGUGCCGGAUUGAAUCACCCCUCGGCUGUGGAGUUCGAUACCCACACAGGAGAAGCUUUUGCCCACUAUUGGCCUCCGAGGAAGGAGGGAUUGGUGUCCUGCGGAGGUCACCGAGCCGCGAGCUGUGCCCUCUGCGGCGACAGCAUGUCCUGGUGCAAUGGGCAGUGCUCCUGGCUGGAGGGGCGUUGUCAGGCCUUGCAUCCGUCGCUGCCUCCCGAAGGUGUGCGCGAAGCCCUUCCGCAAGUCGCGCCCACGACAAUGCCGCGUGGAUCACCCUCGGUGUCGAGAGAUGCUGCAGGCAUGGCCGCCAGCGUCAGACCUCCACGUGCGCUUCGCAAUUUUACAUUUCGCCACACUGCCGAUACUGGGCCCUUGGUCGAUGAGUUUGGCAUCAUCACGGGUAUCAUUAUCCUCGUGAACGUGUUCUUUGCUGCUGUCGUCCUUCAGAAUAUGUCAGGAACUUUUUUUUGUGGAUCGCGACGUGCGUCAAACAGGAGGCCUCUGCGUGCGCUUUGUAGCUGUGGUUGCUUGAGAAGACGACUUCGUUACCGCAGCGGUUAGCCAUGAGGGCUUGUGGAUGCUGCAGCGACAUUGUCGAAGAUUCUUAGGGCUCGUGGACGCUGCAGCGACACUGUUAAAGAGGGCCUGGGACAUACGAUUCGAAAGCGGGCGAAUUAUUUACUGUUCCCUGCUGUAUUUUGUUUUUUGAUCGAGUUCAGUAGUAUGGACUGCGUUUGGAUGGAUCCUGACGUACUCUUACAUAACAAGUAUCAGGUGACGAAGGACGGGAUGCUUAUGUAGAGGAAGCAUCAGGCAAGUUUGACAGACAUUCGUUAUCGGCUGGGCCCAAACCGCAUCAUGCCAGAUAAGCCAGCAUUGCACCAUCACUUUGUAUAACCGUGCAGUUUCUGCUGCAAGUCAAUGCGCACCUUCUGCUAUGAGUGAGCGAUUGCUCCUUAAGAGUUUCCAGCAUGUUGUCGCUCCUCGGAUAAGGUGUUUUUUUCUCAAUCACGUAUGGGAUUCGACUGUAUUGCGCACUGACAUGACGGCAAUGUUUUUGCUUAUGUAAUGCACCCAGCAGGUGCGUACGAAAUCAUGGUUGUACUUGCCCACUCAUUUGCGGCUGGCAACCAUUCAAUUGACCGUGGCAUCAUUAUUUCUUUGGAGCAUGUAGGUCGCAUAUAUGCAUGGUAUCGGCAGUCGGCAGACAGUGCCGCUGAUGAUGACGACUGUGUUGGCGAGGGCAGACGGACCUUUGCGAAACAAGUCUUGAAGUUUCCCAAGUUUGUUUCUUUUUCGUUUGCUAAGGGUCGAUGACCUGACAGGGAUGGCUGCUGAAGUGGCGCGGAGAGGUACACAUAAUUCUCGCGGCCACCAGGACAAGCGUCAGAUAAUUACAAGGGGAGCCGCAAUGCCUCAGCCGUGUCCGAAGAGGUCCCGACGACAACCCACGAGCCCCACGUGGUAUGCAAGACGCCCACUGUUGCACAGUAUGCCCGACAUUCCCC